GCAAUUUUAACAAAGGCUUCAAUGGUUGGAAAAGAAAUAGUCCGCUUAAAUGGAUCAUUGUUAAUUCUAGAAUUCAUCCAUUUAAAAAUCUGUCAGGACCGCCAGGUGUCCAAAAUGGCAUUGCGGUUGUAGACAACAAAAGUAUAUUCUACAAGAGGGGUCACACAGCACAAAUGUUAAGUUUUCCGAUACGUGGUCCUGUUUGCAUGAAAUUUUUCUUCUACCUGCACGGUAGAGAAACUGGUUUCUUGGAAAUCUUAAAAAAACGGCAGUCUUCGUCUGCAAAGGUCAUUUGGAGCCGAUAUGGAAAUCAUGGUCGAAAGUGGAAUUUGGGACAAGUCUUCAUAGAUUUCUCACUAAACAUUGAAUAUAAGAUAAUCGUUUCAGGAAAGAUUGGAAAUAGCAGAGUGUGGCCGAGCAUUGCUAUUGAUAAAAUAAAAUUUGAAAAUGAACGAUGUGUCUCUUUACCUACUGUGCAUAAUGAAUUCAAUUGUCCUUUUAAAACGGAGAAUUGUGGCUGGUCAAUUCAAGGACCGAAAAGAGUUGUAUUCAACAAAGUUUUGGGACAGUACACAUUGAAAACCUUUGGCAAAAGAGUGACGUAUCUUCGAAGUCCUACAAUAAACCGAAAGAAAGCAUGUUUUACAUUUCAAUAUUACGCUCAUCGUUACAACAUGGGCUUAAUGGUAUUAAUUAAAGACAAAAGAAGCCGUAAACUUCUUCCGUUUUGGAUGACAAAUGGUUACCAUGAUAUAAGAAAGUGGAACAAUGUGAAGAUAUUAUUAAAGUAUAAAAAUGGAUUUGAUCAGGUCGUGAUACGACGUUGGAGGCCCUAUACUGCUGUUUCAUUUGCUAAUUUUGCCCUCAUUAAUGGUGCUGGAAGCUGUAAAACGAGAAACACGAGUCACAUUGGAAAAUGUCAACCUGAUCAGAUUGAAAUCAUGAAUAAGUGUAUGUGGUUUGAAUGUAGUCGCAUAUACUCAUUGAGUAUGAAGGAUUACUGCUCACAAAACUUUGGAGCUCUUGCAUCGUUUAAUGAGAAAAGUUUUGAAAACAUGACCAAAUACUUGCGUGAUAUAGAUGCUGACAGUUCCAGAAAAACUGAUAUAACUAUUGGCUUGUCGAAGAAUAAGAACAAGUGGUUCUGGCAAGAUGGACGAUUGUAUAAUAACGAAAUGGGAUGGGUUAGAAAUAGCAGAUACGGCGAGAGGGGUGCUAUUGUUUGGGAUAGUGCAAAAAAUAAAUGGAGUAUUGGAUCUGGAAGGUCUUGGCUUCAUUUGUGUGAAUCAAAGUCAGGUAAGAUGUUCAUCAAGCAACAAGAACAAAGACUGAACAAACUGAAAGAACUCAUACCAACGACAGUAAGUGACAUUUUACUUUCCACGAUACAAACCAUUGCAGAAAAAAUACUGAGACACAACACCAAAGAAAAAAAACAUCAAAAACUUGAACGUUUAAAACGCACUAAAACACGUACAUAA